CUCCCCCCGCCCCCCAUGCUCCUCCUCCUCCACCCCCUCUCAGAGCGACAGUUACAGGCAAAGAAGAGGAAGUGGUAGCCAGCUAGCACAGGCGGCAGAGGGCGGGCGGCGGGCUGUAGAGGCCGCGAGGGUGUGCGGGCCCCCCGGGAAGGCCGCAGCCAUGGAGCUGUGGCGACAGUGUACCCACUGGCUUAUCCAGUGCCGGGUCCUGCCGCCCAGCCACCGUGUCACCUGGGAUGGGGCCCAGGUGUGCGAGCUGGCGCAGGCCCUCCGGGAUGGCGUCCUUCUGUGCCAGCUGCUCAACAACCUGCUGCCGCAUGCCAUCAACCUGCGUGAGGUCAACCUGCGCCCCCAGAUGUCCCAGUUCCUGUGCCUUAAGAACAUCCGCACCUUCUUAUCUACCUGCUGUGAGAAGUUUGGCCUCAAGAGGAGUGAGCUCUUUGAGGCCUUUGAUCUCUUUGAUGUGCAGGAUUUCGGGAAGGUCAUCUACACCCUGUCCGCUCUGUCCUGGACCCCGAUUGCCCAGAACAAGGGGAUCAUGCCCUUCCCCACUGAGGAGGAGAGUGUGGGUGAUGAAGACAUCUACAGUGGCCUGUCCGACCAGAUAGACGACACAGUGGACGAGGACGAGGACCUGUAUGACUGUGUGGAGAACGAAGAGGCCGAGGGCGAUGAGAUCUACGAGGACCUCAUGCGCACAGAGCCCGGGCCCAUGCCGCCCAAGAUGACCGAGUAUGACAAGCGGUGCUGCUGCCUGCGGGAGAUCCAGCAGACGGAGGAGAAGUACACGGACACGCUGGGCUCUGUCCAGCAGCAUUUCAUGAAGCCCCUGCAGCGGUUCCUGAAGCCUCAAGACAUAGAGAUCAUCUUCAUCAACAUCGAGGACCUGCUACGUGUGCACACCCACUUCCUGAAGGACAUGAAGGAAGCCCUGGCCACCCCCAGCGCUCCCACCCUCUACCAGGUCUUCAUCAAAUACAAGGAGAGGUUCCUCGUCUACGGCCGCUACUGUAGCCAGGUGGAGUCGGCCAGCAAGCACCUGGACCGUGUAGCCACAGCCCGAGAGGACGUGCAGAUGAAGCUGGAGGAGUGUUCUCAGCGAGCGAACAAUGGCAGGUUCACCUUGCGGGACCUGCUGAUGGUGCCUAUGCAACGGGUGCUCAAGUACCACCUCCUUCUCCAGGAGCUGGUGAAACACACGCAAGACGCCAUGGACAAGGAGAACCUGCGGCUGGCCCUGGAUGCCAUGCGCGACCUGGCGCAGUGCGUGAACGAGGUCAAGCGGGACAACGAGACGCUGCGGCAGAUCACCAACUUCCAGCUGUCCAUUGAGAACCUGGACCAGUCUCUGGCCCACUUCGGCCGGCCAAAGAUCGACGGGGAGCUCAAGAUCACCUCGGUGGAGCGGCGCUCCAAGAUGGACAGAUACGCCUUCCUGCUGGACAAGGCUCUGCUCAUCUGUAAGCGACGCGGGGACUCCUACGAUCUCAAGGACUUUGUGAACCUGCAAAGCUUCCAGGUUCGAGACGACUCCUCUGGAGAGCGAGAAAACAAGAAGUGGACGCACAUGUUUCUCCUGAUCGAGGACCAAGGUGUUCAGGGCUAUGAGCUGUUCUUCAAGACCCGAGAACUGAAGAAGAAGUGGAUGGAGCAGUUUGAAAUGGCCAUCUCCAACAUCUACCCAGAGAACGCCACUGCCAAUGGCCAUGAUUUCCAGAUGUUCUCCUUUGAGGAGACCACGUCCUGCAAGGCUUGCCAGAUGCUGCUAAGAGGCACCUUCUAUCAAGGCUACCGCUGUCACCGGUGCCGGGCGCCUGCGCACAAGGAGUGUCUGGGGAGGGUUCCCUCGUGCGGGCGACACGGGCAAGAUUUUGCAGGAACUAUGAGGAAGGAUAAGCCCCAUCGCCGAGCUCAGGACAAGAAGAGGAAUGAACUGGGGCUGCCCAAGAUGGAAGUGUGUCAGGAGUACUACGGGCUUCCUCCACCGCCCGGGGCCUUUGGACCAUUUCUAAGGCUCAGCCCCGGAGACAUUGUGGAGCUCACCAAGGCUGAGGCCGAGCAGAACUGGUGGGAGGGCAGGAAUACGGCUACCAAUGAAGCUGGCUGGUUUCCCUGUAACAGGGUCAAGCCCUACGUGCAUGGUCCCCCUCAAGACCUAUCUGUUCAUCUCUGGUACGCUGGCCCCAUGGAGCGUUGCGGAGCAGAAAGCAUCCUCACCAACCGCUCGGACGGCACUUUCUUGGUGCGGCAGAGGGUGAAGGACACUGCCGAAUUUGCCAUCAGCAUUAAGUAUAAUGUUGAGGUCAAGCACAUUAAAAUCAUGACUGCAGAAGGACUGUACCGGAUUACAGAGAAGAAGGCUUUCCGGGGGCUUACGGAACUGGUGGAGUUUUACCAGCAGAACUCCCUAAAGGAUUGCUUCAAAUCUCUGGACACCUCCCUGCAGUUCCCCUUCAAGGAGCCCGAGAGGAGAGCCAUUAGCAAACCACCAGGAAGCACCAAAUAUUUUGGCACAGCCAAAGCCCGUUACGACUUCUGCGCUCGGGACCGAUCGGAGCUUUCUCUCAAGGAGGGUGACAUCAUCAAGAUCCUUAACAAGAAGGGGCAGCAAGGCUGGUGGCGGGGAGAGAUCUACGGCCGGGUCGGUUGGUUCCCCUCCAACUAUGUGGAGGAGGAUUAUUCUGAAUACUGCUGAGGUUUGGCACUGGCAGAGAGACGAGAAACGCCAGGCUCUGAGCCCAGGACGGGCAGGCAGCGGGGCCAGGGGCUGUGACAGGUCCCAGCGGGCUGAGAAUCCAGCACGGACUGUGGAGGGCCAGCGUCCCGCCACGGUUAAUUUAUGACACACUGACUUCCUCUUGGGGCCCCUUGAGAAGACUGGGGCCCAAGCAACAGCUUUUAAUAAAAUGAUGGAAGGA